UUCUUUUUCUGUUAGGCGGUUGAUGGGGGACAAUCCAUAGCGCCCACUGUCUGGUGUUGCAUAUUGUUUGUAGAAGUGGACUGCAUUGAACGAUGCAGAGGUGACUGACUAUUUUUUAGUACAUUGGCAAUUAUUUUUCGAAAAUUCUUCACAAAUACGAAAAGUGCUAGAACUCAGUACGUUUAAAAAUGCAUAUAAAACAUUUUACAUCACAACUGCUGGAAAAGUAAAAAUAAAUAAGUGCAAUUAUGCCUUUGGAUGUGGAACAGGAGAAGGCUAAGCAGCCGCUUGACGAAGUCGAUUUCAGCAGCGGGUUCGAGACGCAAUACCUGCAGGAAUAUCGGCCUUCGAAGAUUGUGCGACCGGCACCGCCUGACCCGAGCCUUGCUUGGUAUCAUGAUUUUAAAUCGGUGGUGAUGGUUUGCUUUCUUUUCACGGUGUUGGUGACUGGUUCAGUGCUGCUGAUCGGCUCAAUUUUCUCCGCCGAUCCCAUAACUGUGGUGGUACUCUUGGUGGCCUAUUUUGCUGUGGCACUUUUAUUUAUUUGGCUGGAAGUAUUCAGUAAACAUGUGCGUUGAAGAAUAAAACUACGGCAGUUGAGAGUUUGAACAAGAGGUUAUAAUAUAAUUAAAAAAUUCAAGAAGAAGUGAAACAAGUGUACUGCAAUGUAAAUAAAUUCUCUUUUAAUUCUUUCAAAUGAUAUUUAAUA